UUAAAUCAAACGUUAAUUACACCAAUUUACACGUAAUUAUUUCAUAUAUUCAUACAUCAAUACAAUUUUAAAAAUGCUUAUAUAAUUUUUUUUUAUUUUUUUUAUUUUUUGGUUUUAUACAAGUAUAUAUUUGAAGGGAGGAUAAAUAUAUAUCAUCACUAUUCACUAAUAAAAUUUCUAGUUGUCCGAUUAUAUCUUUAUUCAGUAACGGUCAAAACUGAAUUUGGCGCCUCUACAAAUUCAGUUAAGUACCAAAUUUAGAUAAGAGUAUCAGUCUCAGCAGCAGUAGCAGUAGUAAAAAACAAUGAGCACAUCCACUCAAUUUCUUUCUCCUUUCAUUUACCAACCUCUCAAAACCCCUAAAACCCUAACCCUAAUUUUCAAUUCCAAAUUUCCCCAAUCUCAUAAUUCUCAAAUUAACCCCAAAAUUAUUCAAUCCCAGAACAAACCCAUUCGCAAAAACCCUAGAAAAAGGUCUUAUGGAAGCUCAAGAAGGUCAGUUAUUAAGAAAACAUUCAUUCAGGAACAAGUGGUUUUUACUGCUCCGAUUUCCGAUGACCCGGAAGUUGGGAUAAUUGGUGGCGGAAUGGCGGGUCUUAUGUGCGCUCUAAAUUUGGAGAAGAGAGGGAUUCGUUCCACUGUUUUCGACACGGGAAUGCAUGGUUUGGGAGGGAGGAUGGGAACAAGAAUAGUUGAACCUAAGCACUAUGUUUUCGACCAUGCUGCUCAAUUUUUUACUGUCAGCGAUAUGCGGUUUGGUGAGUUGGUCAAUGGAUGGAUUGAGAAGGGGCUUGUACAGCAAUGGCAGGGUACAGUUGGAGAAAUUGAACCCGGGGGUCGAUUUUCUCCAUUGCCUGCUUCUCCACCACGAUAUAUAGGUGUCAAUGGAAUGCGUACACUGGCUGAUUCAAUAUUGUCCGAGGCAAAAAUGGUUGAAGUUGUUAGGCCAUGUUGGAUCAGUACACUAGAGCCAUUUAAUGGGAUGUGGCAUUUGAGUGAGAAUGGAAAGCCACGUGGAAAAUUCGAUGCUAUUGUUAUUGCACACAAUGGAAAAUGUGCAAAUCGCUUACUCGCCCAUUCAGGCUUGCCACUUAUUGCUAAACAAAUGAAGAGAUUAGAUUUGAGCUCUAUUUGGGCCCUGCUUGCAGCAUUUGAUGACCCUCUUCCUUUGACUUCUACCUUUGAAGGAGCAUUUGUAAAUGGAAUAGAUGCUUUAUCAUGGAUGGCCAACAACUCUGCAAAAUUGUCAUCUACCCAAAUUGGUCCUCAUUGCUGGACUUUCUUCAGUACAGCAGCUUUUGGAAAACAGAACAAGGUUCCACAGGAAAACAUUCCAAGUGUCACCGCAGAGAAGGUAACAACACAGAUGCUGGAGGGUGUUGAGAUUGCAUUAGGGCUCCCAAAAGGAUCACUGAAGAAACCUAGUUAUACCAAGGUGCAACUAUGGGGUGCAGCUCUUCCAACCAAUACUCCAGGCACUCCAUGCAUCUUUGAUCCUCAAGGAAGAGUUGGUAUUUGUGGUGAUUGGCUGCUGGGUUCAAGUCUAGAAGACGCUGCUCUCAGUGGCAUGUCAAUGGCUAGUCAUAUUGCAGACUAUUUUCAAAGUGAUGGAACACAUGCAGAGGAUUAUGCAAUUGGCUUGCACAAUGAAUUUCAACAGAUACAAGGACACGACAUUGGGCGGUUUCCUGGUUUAGAACCUAAAGACCUGGUGAUGGGAGAACUUGUACAAACAUAUAGUUAGCAAACUUGGUCUAGAAGGAUCAGUCUGAUUUAUUACAAGACUCCAUUUUGAAGCAUGGACUCAUAAGAGUGAAGAACUGGAACGGCUUGAUCACUACACCUUUCUUUCUUUAUUAUGGGCCAUAUGACUCUCUCGUAAUUAGGGUGGUUGUAAGUACUCCGGAGUUGAUCUUCAAUCUCUCUAGUGAAUGGCUCCACUGAGGAAUUCAAGCUCAAGAUUUUACUCGAACCUCUCCUUCGGCUCCUAGGACUCUUCCCCGUGGACUCUCUUGAUGUUUGCCAGAUUUUUUAUGGAGGUUGGAAUUGUUUGGAUAAUACUGCAAGUGUCGGUGGAUCUUCUGUGAGGUUCAUUGAUGGGCUUCUAUUUGGUCAUAUCUCCUUCUGCCCUUCGUUACAUGCUUGCUUUUGGGCUCUCCAUGAAGCUCGCCGUAAAGGCUUUCUUCGUUUGCUAAUCUACACAGACGGCGCAGUUUUAAUUUCUUUGAUUUGUCAACGGCGUUGAAAUGACAUCUCAUAUUUCUGGUUGCUUCAUAGUUCAUCCCUAUUAUCUUUCCCUAGCUACUUGUCGUAUUUGUAAAGUCCUGCGUACUUGGGUUUCUCCUGCUCCUUGGCUGGCUGUGGGAGCUCGUCGCCGAUGUUUUCUGUAUCUGUCCUUUUAAUUUGGUCUUUGUUUGGUUGGUUAGUUUGUUUAUCAGCUCUUCUUGUAAAAGAAAAAAAAAGCAAUUCCAGUCAUAGACUGUUUGCUUUAAAACGAUCCCAACUUUUAGGUGUAUUUUUACAAAAUGGUUCACGUAAAAUUAACUUGACAAACUUCAAAUUGGUUAAUAUGACCACUUCUUUUGAAACACAACCCCCCCCCCCCAAAAAAAAAAAA